GCCCGCACCCGCGCCCGCCGCAGUCUGCACAGAGAGGCCCCGCGGGCGCGAACACGGCACCGCGACCGCGAGUCGACCAGUCGUAUCUAAUCUGGCGAUACCUGAGCGCCACGCAGCAUGGCGCAGUGCACGCUCGCCACGCUCGGCCUGCUGCACCCGCUCCGCACCGCCAUGACGCUGCCCCUGCUGCUGAUGCUGCUGCUGGCCGCCUGCAGUGGUGGCCACGGGCUCCACGACGAGGAGGAGCUGCCGCCGUACCACUUCCCCACCGGCCCGACCAUCGGGCAGCUGCGCGUCCAGGCCAACGCCACGACGGCGGCGGUCACGGCGGCGGCCUCCGCCGGGAGCAGCAGCAGCAGCACGCCGUCGUCCAACGUCACCGUCGUCUCCGCGACGCUCGCCGCCGGUAACGCGUCCGCCGCCGCCGCCGCCACCAUCAGCACGCCGACGACGGCAGCGGUGAACGGGACGACGACGACCCCUUCCAAGGCAAAGCCGGCCAGGACGACGCCGGCGUCCUCCGCCUCGGGCGCCACCCUCCGGCCGUUCGUCGAGCCCACCAAGUCGGCCGCCGUCCUGGUCGGGGUGUUCGUGUCGCUCGCGCUGCUCGGCUACCUGGGGCUCAUGGUGUGGAGGCGGGUCUUGGAGAGGCGUUAUGGCAAUCGGGAAAUUCUCAUCAACGAGGAGCAGUUUGAUCACGAGCGAGAUCUCGGCAACUUCCAGUUGUGAGCUGCAGCGCCCGAGCUGCUGCUUCUGCCGCCACUACACACUGCCUGAGGACGCGGCAGCAUUCAGCGUCCCCCGCUGCAAGGUCCGCACCUACCGCAGAUCAACGGAGAGACCCGCGUACGCGCAAGCGAAGGGAAGCUGCUUCAGCAGAGGGGGAAUCCCUCCCGCAGCGCCCAGCCCGGCUUUUGAGCCCCCCGGCCGCCCGGCCCGGCGCCCGCAGCCAGGCAGCCCCGUGCGGCGGGGUGUCGGGCGGGUCGGCCUGCCGUCCAGGAGGGGGACCCCAACAGGACUGUGAUAUACCCGAACACUCACUUGAGGCGAGGAGGCAAUACCGCGGGGGCCUCCGCGUCCAGUGCGAAAAUAAGAAACUUGUACUCUACUUGUGAGACACAGGGAGAGACGAGAGAGAGAGGAGAGUUGGAAAACGAACAAAGAGAGAAAUAAAAUCCAACAGUAACAUUUA